AUGUCAGACUCUGAACUAUUUGGUUUCGACAGUAAAAUCUGUGUCGAUAUUCCUAAAAGUGUUCAUGAUACUAUCCAGGAAAUGGAAACAGAAACAACCGCUGAAGAAACGUCUGCUAACUCUCACGUUUCAAGUAUGUCGAACCAAUUAGAUGACGACACAAGCUCUUUUUCAAUUGGGGGCUACGCAUCGAUGGAUCCUGCUAUUCAAGCCGUCAUUUCAGUGGAUAAGGAUGACCAAAAGAUAACAGCAAAUCCUGUAAAACUAGACGACCCAAUACAAUUUACUAGAAUUUCAUCCUCUUCUGCGAUCAGCAAAAUCUCUAGUGACUCUUCAGUAGAUGGUUUUUCUAAUUUUCAACCAUCGAGUGAUGACUAUAAUGACAACAACGAAAAUCGCACGCCUAUGUACAAUAAUACGAUAGAAAAUUCACUUUCAAUUGACAAUACCGACUCCACUGUUCGAAAUUCACAUUUAGAUCAGCAUAAUAAUACCAUUUUAACAAUAACGCCUUCCACUACAGACAGCAUUUUUAAUUCGACCGAAUUAUCAAACAGUCUACAACAAUCUUCAUCUCUAAGGUAUUUCGAUAGCAACAGUUCCCCAAAUAAUAAUCAUGCAUCCGUUCUAAUACACCCUCUCGCAAAGUCGACCAUUAGCCACACACCGGCCAUUCUUGAGACAGGCUCCUUAUCUAAACCAUUCCCCAAGAUUUUAUCUACAUCUCCAACAAAACCAGUGUCACCGAAGCAUUCUACUCCAUCACUACCGAAAAAGCACAUAUUACUAAGUCCAACAAAGGUGAAGGCUGAAAAGAAAAAGAGCGGUAGUAGCUUUAAAGGUGCAUUCUCUUCCUUCGUACAGAAUUUCAAAAAACUAGACACAGCACCAGCCAAUUUAGAUACGUCUUUCAGCAUUUCGACACCAUAUAAUGCCAAACAUUUACAUCACGUUGGCGUGAAUAGCAAAACUGGAGAAUAUGUGGGGUUGCCUGAAGAAUGGAAAAAAAUCCUUAUAUCCAAUGGUAUAUCGAAAAGUGAACAAGAACAGAACAUGCAAGCUGUUGUGAAUGUCUUCCGUUUUUAUCAGGAUGUUACCGAUCAGAAGCCUGGCGACAAGGUUAUCGAGACCUAUUUUACCAAGAAAUCAUCAUUUAGUAUAAAAGAUGAGGAAUCUUCUCACUACCUCCACAAACAAUUUAUAGAAAGUACCCCCAAACUAUCUUCUAAUGCCUUCAUUCCAUCUAGGCGGGCUCCGAAACCACCUAUUGCAUCUCAGCCAAGGAGUGAACAAAAGACCUCUCAAGCAAACGUAUCACAGUCCUCUCAAGGCAUACAAACUUCUAAGUCCAAUCAUGAAACAAGUUCUUCUCAGUCUUCACCCACUAGUUCAUCUCCAACCCAUAAAAACAAUAGAACUAGUAGUAAUAAUGAGGUAAUUUUGAGGGAAAGGGCAUCGGAAGAGAAGAGAAAAGAAAAAGAAUUGAGAAAGAGGAUGUUUAUGAAGAGAAUCGAUGAAAUCUGUUCACCUGAAGAUCCUACCAAGCAAUAUGCUAAUCUCACCAAGAUUGGGCAAGGUGCAUCUGGCGGCGUUUAUACGGCAAAUCAGGUUAAAAGCAAUGAGUUAGUUGCUAUAAAGCAGAUGGAUCUUGAAAAGCAGCCAAAGAAAGAGUUAAUUCUCAACGAGAUCAUCGUUAUGAAGGAAAGCCGGCAUAAUAACGUUGUUAACUUCAUCAAUGCACAUCUUUCAAAAGGAAAUCUUUGGAUUGUCAUGGAGUAUAUGGAGGGUGGUUCUUUGACUGAUGUUGUAACACAUUGCCUUUUAAGUGAAGGUCAAAUAGGUGCAGUUUGUAGGGAAACUUUGGAAGGUCUGAAAUUUUUGCAUUCUAAAGGUGUCAUUCAUAGAGAUAUUAAAUCUGACAAUGUGCUACUAUCAAUGAAAGGGGACAUAAAACUAACCGAUUUUGGAUUUUGUGCACAGAUUAAUGAUAUUGACUUGAACAGGACAACCAUGGUCGGUACACCAUACUGGAUGGCACCUGAAGUUGUUUCAAGAAAAGAAUACGGUCCAAAGGUCGAUAUCUGGUCUCUCGGCAUCAUGAUUAUUGAAAUGAUCGAAGGCGAACCGCCAUAUUUGAACGAGGCGCCAUUGAAAGCGCUAUAUUUAAUUGCCACCAAUGGAACACCAAAAUUGAAGGAGCCAGAAAACCUCAGCGAUGUCUUUAGUAACUUCCUGGAUAGAUGUUUAAGAGUGGAACCAGAAGAGCGUGCAUCAGCGAUAGAGCUUUUAGCUGAUGAAUUUGUUGUUGCAUGCGCUGAGCCAACCAUCUCUCUAGCACCUUUGGUAAGGCUUUCACUUGCAAACAAAUUAAGUGAAGGAGGAUCGGAGAGUAGAUAA